AUCUUCGCAGUCAAGAAUCUUCGCAAUGGAUGUAUACGCUUGUGGAUUUAAUGGCCUUGGCCAAAUCCCGCCGUACGAAGGUUUCAAAUGUCCCACGUUUCAUCGGAUACAUCGUUCCGUGGAAACGUUCAACAUUCACGUACUAAAAACUCAUUUCAUUAUUUUCAGCAGUGACAAAAUUAUUAGUUAUGGAUUGAUGGGCAGCCAAUUUCCGGUACGUUUUCCUCCCAAGUAUGAUGGGACCUCGUCAAAAGCUUGUUGCACUUCAACUGCAAUUCUAGUUCACGGGAUGCAUGGAAGCUCAUUUACCUGGAGUCUCAAGAAAAGGUCAUUGUCAUCCGCCUGGGAGCCUCUGCGCGUUGAUUUGGAAAAGAUACAUGGCAUUUGUUCGGGAGGUGAAACAGUGGCUUUUUGGACCGACGAUGCUGUAAAAGUCUUGCCGGGCCCUUGCCUAGAAAUGCCAGGAUUAAGAGUGGCAUCCGUCAAAGUUGGAGGAGAGCAUUUCGUGCUGCUUACUGUCGAUGGCCUUGUCUACACGUGGGGCGAAGGAAGAAGAGGCGCUCUAGGCCUAGGAGAUCUCGAAUCAUGUCAUCUCCCGAGAGAAGUCACGUGCCUGGCAGGCUUGAAGGUCUCUAAAAUUGGGGCCGGAUUUUGGCAUAGCAUUGCAGUCACUGUAGAAAACGAUGUGUGCGUUUGGGGUUGGAACGAGUCCGGUCAGCUGGGAUUCCCGUGCAGAGUCGUGCGAGAGCAUGAAGAAUCGUGUGAUCGUCAUUCCCCGAGAUUUUUGCAGAGCGAAGAGAAGUACGUUGGAAUCCUGGCAGAACCUAGGUUUCUGGAGUGCCUCCCUGACGAUUUCAUAGUUGUCGACAUCUGCUGCGGAGACCGACAUACCGUUCUGCUCGAUGGCGAUGGUGGUUUGUGGACCUGGGGAUUCAACGGAUACGGACAGCUUGGACUCGGACACACGUGUCCCAUGGACGAACCCCAGCGUAGUUGUCUAAAGAAAAUUCUCCCUGAAGCCCAAUCCUCUGACUUCGGGAUAAGAGCUGGCGGCUGGAAUACAUGCGUUUCGCCAACAAACGUCAUCAUAACUCUUCCCCCGUGCGUCAAGCCAGCUUUGACAGAAAUAAACGAGUUGGGGUUGCCCGUCGAGAAAGGGGGUACGUGGCGCGGAGGACCCGACGGGGUAAAACGAUUGAGAAAAACUGCCGACGCGGCGGCCGCUUUUGUCACGGUUUCCCAGAGACAAACGACGUCAGCGGAGCAAUUGCGACGAGAGGGAAGAAGAGAUUUGGCUGUGACAUCGUGA